AUGAGAACGGCUCUGACGCGUCAUUCGUUGGUCAUAUGGUUAACAAUCCUGUUGAACACCAAGCACACAACAAGUGUUUCAUAUAAUCAACCAAAACUAUCGGCUUGUGCAACAUGGGAGCCAAGCGCGAUUACUUUCGCUGACGCUAGUACUAUUGGUUCAAAUCCUAUGGACGUGUUUGUGGAUAUUAAUAACACUGUCUAUGUGUCUGGCAAAACAUCAAGUAAUGCGUUUGUGUGGUUUCAAGGAAGUACGUUUCCCGAUAGAAAUCUGUCCGGAGAUUACAACGCUUCGUAUAGUAUUUUUGUUGGGAAUGAUGGUAGCAUAUAUCUUGAUAGUGGUGAAGGGAAAAACCGUGUGGACAGAUGGUCAUUAAAUGUUUCAUGGGGUACGCCAGUCAUGUACACCAAUUUUAGUUUCUGUCGUGAUAUUUUUAUUGAUCUGAAUAACAACAUUUACUGUUCUAUUGGUGAUUUCCAUCGAGUGGUUAGGAGAUCAUGGAAUGAUAGUGCGAAUACUAUAACAGUCGUUGCUGGUAAUGGAACUGCAGCACCAGCAUCAAAUACAUUGAGUGAACCCAGAGGAAUAUUUGUCGACGCUUUUAGGCGCUUGUAUGUUGCUGAUUGUGGAAACGAUCGAGUACAAUUAUUCCAGCCUAAUAGCUUGACCGCGAACACGAUAGUAGGAAACGGAACAGCAGGAACAAUUUCACUUAAUUGUCCUUGUGGUCUCAUAACGGAUGUAGAUGGCAACUUGUUCAUUGCUGAUAGUAAAUACAAUCGCAUUGUUCGUUCAGGAAAUAGUGGUUCUCAGUGUAUCAUUGGAUGUUCAAAGACAGGCGGCUCGGCUGCUAAUCAACUAUUGAGUCCGCAAGGUUUAAGUUUUGAUAGUUAUGGCAAUAUGUAUGUUGUUGAUAAAGCAAAUAGUAGAAUUCAAAAAUUUACUUUGGCAACAAACUCUUGUGGACUUUCUCUGAAUCAACCAAUGUUCUGUCCGUCCGCUGAGUGGGAUCUUAACGGCACAAUAUUUGCAGAUAAUACAACUAUUGGUAACAAGCCCAACAGUAUUUGGGUUGAUCGGAAGAAUAAUGUUUAUACAUCACUUCAAGAAACCAACAGUGUUUUGAUAUGGUUUAAUCAAAGCUCGAGUUCAAUGCAAAACAUUUCCUACGAUAUACGGUAUCCAUAUGGCCUUUUCAUAACAAACAAUGGUGAUCUUUACAUUGAUAACGGUUUUCUAAAGGGUCGAGUUGACAAGUGGUCAUUGUCCGAGAACAGAAGUAGUACCGUUAUGUUGGUCACUGGUUCUUGCUACAGUUUAUUCAUUGAUAUUUACGACAAUCUGUAUUGCUCUUUAGGAGCAUUGCAUAAAAUUAUCAAAAAGUCGAUCUAUACCCCGACAAACGCGUCUCAACUCAUUGCAGGAAAUGGAACGAAUGGAACGGAUUCAAAUCUACUGAACCAACCCUACGGAAUCUUCGUCGAUAUAGCUCUCAAUUUGUAUGUAGCAGAUUGUGGCAACAAUCGUGUACAGCGCUUUCCAUCAGGACAAGUAACUGCUACAACUGUCACAGCAAAUAGUUCAUUAUAUGGAAUCUCACUUUCAUCUCCAACUGCAGUGAUCCUCGAUAAAGGAAAUAAUUUAUUUAUCAUGGAUAGUCACAAUAAUCGUAUUGUAGUCGUUGGGUCAAUGGGCACUAAAUGCCUUAUAGGAUGCACAAGUAUUAAUAUGGCAUCGUCAUCGAUAUUAAAUGCUCCAUUAAUGUUUACAUUUGAUCGUGAUGGUAAUAUCUUUGUUACUGACUAUGGGAAUGACCGUAUCGUGAAAUUUCGUUUCAUCGAAGAUUCGUGUGCGCAAACUACUGUAACAUCUACUGAAAUAACUACUAGUGGAAGUUGGACAUCGCUUCAGACCAAUCACAUAACUACAGAUAUAUCAACAGUGACAACGGGAUCAAUGACAACUUUGGGAAAUCAAAACUGUUUUGCACCAGCAGUUGUCUUAAUUCCUGGUACAUCAUCCUUGUCAUUACCGAUUCAAAACCGACGAAAUCAAGAUCUUUACAUUAGUUCAUACAUUCAAUUGAAGUGCAAUACUUCUCUUUCAACGAACAUUCAAUGGACUAUUCGUAGUUGCAGUAGCACCAAUUGUUUAACUCCCGUUCAACUUGACUCAUCCAUUAUAACAACAUUCAGUGAACUUUAUCUGCCUGCAAGAACUUUAUCCUAUGGUUUAUAUCAAUUUGAACUGAGAGUGACCAUGAAUACCUCUUUAAAUUUAACAUCCACAAACUCAGCUUUUGUCACAGUAAUAGCAUCGAAUAUUACAGCGAAUCUUGUUCAAUAUGGAACUUCAAUGAUUACACGUGGUCGAUCACAAGAUUUCACACUCGAUCCAGGUAGUUUCUCCAUUGAUCCUGAUGGAAAUGUGUUCAAUGCAAGUCAUUGGAAAUAUGAAUAUUAUUGUCGUAUUUAUGGUUUCUACGAUUUUCCCAAUAUUCUCGGAUCACUGUUGACAAUUGAUGAUCCGCGAAUUACUCAAUUCAACUCGUCUUGUUUAUCAAACACUUCACGAAAUCAAGCACCAUUACAAUUUGGUGGAGGUUCAAUUUCACCAAAUUCAUCAUUAACGAUUCGUUCCUAUUCACUUGCAUCCAAUCAAACGUAUGAAUUCCAAGUAAUUAUGACAAAUCGUCAGAAUCCUGCAAUUCAAACAACUGGUUAUCUACUCGCUCGCAUCGAAGAUAGGAAAUCUCAAAUGAUUACCGUAGCAUGUGUCAUCGCUGAACUAUGUGUUUCGAUUACGGAAUUUCAAAUAAUCAAUCCAACAACACAAGUGGAAUUGUUUUCUGCUUGUUCGGAGGAUUGUUCAACAGUAUUAAAUAUAACAUGGAAUGUGUACAAAGGUACCUACGUAUCGUCGAGCAUUCAAUGGACACUAUUCAACGAAAGCAAAUUAUAUGAAAAUGUUUGGUUUUUUGGUUCACAUACUAGUAAUUUUACUGCGACAAAGGAUCUGUUUCUUAAUAAUGCUCAAACUACUCACUGGCGAUUUGAAGUUGUAUACACUUCUGCUUCAGAAAAUAGUUCCAGUGCAUUAGAUUUUAUCCUAAAUCAACCUCCUCGAAAUGGUUCUUGUUCGAUUAGUCCUCUCAACGGCACCACAAGUACUGUAUUUAACAUUUCCUGUUUGAACUGGAUUGAUGAAGACGAAAUUAAAGGCUAUUCUAUCUAUGGUUAUACAUCAGAGAAUCCCGAACAAACAAUCAUUGCUUUUAGCGCAGUAUCCGACUUUCAAGUUUAUUUACCAUCCGGAGACAGCAAAACUUCAUUGCUGCAACUUACAGUUUAUAUCCGUGAUAGUUUUGAUGCUGUGGUAGAAUUCAAUUUGACCGCUGUUAUUGUCACAGUAGACUCGGCUAUUGUGGCUGAUUUUGUCCAUAAUUUACAGAACGCAUCGAGUUCGUCGGCUGUCAAUCCAAUUAUUCAAUUACUCGUCAGUGGAAAUCAGAAUAUGAUUGCACAAAUAAUCACAUCACUUGCAAAGGAAUUCAAUAGAAUCAAUACGCAAAACGCUCAUUAUGCAUUCUCUAAUGGUAUUUCUCUAAAUACUUUCACUGUCUCUCCAUUAAACAGUCAAAGAUUACUAAACGCUAAUAUUUCACUGAACACACCCAUUCUUCAAGAAUACCUGAAACAACUAAAUAAUUAUAUCAAUACUCGUGAUUAUCUCAUGAUGUAUCUGUCCAAACUUCCAAUUACUUCUUUGAGCAGUAUUUCGUUACAAGCAUCGGCACUAGCGCAACUCACCCAAGCCACGAACCAAUUGACACGAACAUCUUCCGCUAUUGCUUCUGACAAAUGCUAUCAACUAGCGUCUGCUCUGCAUUCGAAGUCAUCGCAAGUUUUCUUUCAAGAUGUGCAACGUGCUGCUGUUCAUCUCGCUGAAUGCACUUCGAAUGUUUUAACUGCGAUCAAUGGCCCUUUACAACAACGAACAAUUGUUCUUGAUUUAGACUCAUUUCGUGCUAAUACAUUUCCACAAGAUUAUGAAACUAAUCUUGAGUUAGAAUGGGCUAAUCCAAAUUUAUUUGCCAAUGGCGAUGAUUUUUCCUGGGAAACUAUCCAAAAGAGUCGAAUUAUUUAUUAUCAAAAACAAACAGCUAAUACGAUAAGCAAUCAAGCGAAAGAAACCAUGUCUUUAUUGACAAACGCAUUAAACUUACAUUUGAAUAUCGGUCAAAACCUAACUAUGAAUACCUCAGCAGUUUUCAUGUCCUUAGAAACUUUACAACUUGAAUCACUGGCAAAUAAAUCCACUCGACAAGCAGAAAAUGCAUACAUCCAUAUUCCGUCGAAUUUACAAGUGAAUCUCUCGGCAAAUUCAGCUGUUUCACUUCGAUCAAUCUUACAACCGUUGGCAUCAGCUAGUAAUUUUCAAAUAACAAAUCUUUCCACCAGUCUUUCACUUUCGAUUCUCGACCGGUCUGGAAAAGAGAUUUCUGUACAAGCGUUAAAAGAUCAUCCGAUCGAAUUAUUAAUUCCUCGGGAUCCAAAUAUAGUUAUACCAUCAAUGGUUUUACAGAAUGUCACAGCAAUGAAUUACGCUCCUCAUCAGCUACUAUUCAAUCUACAUUUUGUUGAUAUAAUAUCAACUCUUCCAGUAUCUGUUCAUUUCGAAAUGCGUCCACUAAACAAAACUCGAUCGUAUUUAUUAAUUUAUAAAUUUGAUAGUUCGCCACAAUUGAAUACAUCCAUUCGACAAAUUGAUGGCUGGUCUCUCCUUUGUCCUUCGAAUUUGAAUGUUGACGAUAUCUACACAUACUUCAUUGAUAAUCAACUCACCGUUGGUCAUCAGUCCGUGAUAUUCGGUAUACGAGAAUUAAAUUCUACAGACUACUGUUUGAAUCAAUCACUUUCGAAUCCACCCAUAUUAAAUGAACCAUUCAAGUUUUCAACCAACUAUGAAUUACGUAUCUACACAUCGGGUUGCUAUUACUUAGAUUCGAACAACAAUUGGCAAUCCGACGGAUUAGUAGUUGGCUCUGCAACAAAUCAUUAUCAAACGCAAUGUUUUUCGACUCAUUUAACAACAUUUGCUGGCGGUUUUCUAGUUUUACCGGCACCUACCAGCUGGAACUAUGUCUUCUCAAAUGUUGAUUUUGUUAAAAUCAAGACGAUUUACGUCACUGUCAUAUGCAUUUCUAUGCUAUACUUCAUCAUACUGGUGAUCUAUGUUCAAUACAAAGAUAGAAGAGAUUUGGCGACAUGUGGAGUAACACCAUUACUGGAUAAUUAUAAACUAGAUCAAUAUUUUUACGAAGUUCUGUUCUUCACGCGAACAUUAUCUACUCCACACCGAUCGAUUUUGCAACGUGGUGGUAUUGAUGCAUUUGUCAUGGAUGUUCCAAAAUCAAUUGGACUGUUGAGUUACAUUCGUAUUCGGUGUGACAAUUCUGGUAAAGUACCAUCAGCAUCUUGGUUUCUCAAAUACAUCAUUGUGUGUGAUUCGCAAAUGAUGGAGAAAUUCUCUUUUAUAUGUCAAGAUUGGUUAGCUUUUGAAAACGACGAUGGCGCAAUCGAAUGGGCUCUGACAUACGCAGAUAAAUGGCAGAGACAACAGUUUUCUGAUGUUUUAUCGAAACAUGUCUAUCAUAGUGUGUCAGCGGGUCAUUUAUGGCAUUCGAUCUUUUCGCGUCUACCAACAAGUAAAUUCACACGUGUGCAACGAUGCACCUGCUAUUUCGUUUUACUGGUUACUGCAAUGUUGUUGAAUAUCCUUUACUAUAAUCAAGCAAAUGAUACUAAGGUGAAACAAAACACCGGAAGUUUAAUCAUCAGACCAUUUUAUAUCACUCCAGAACAGAUUACCAUUGAAUUUAUUGUCGGAGCACUUACGUUUCUUCUAAGUAUAUUACUGGUGGAAUUCUUUCGAUGCAUUCGCUCUUCUCAUCCGUCGAUAUCUUCACUACGAGAAGCGAUGUAUAAAAUAAUACAAAAACCUGUACCUGAAGAGAUGGUAAUAACUACGGACAAAACAAAACGAUCGAAACUCAUAUUGCCUUGGUGGUGUCUAUUUAUUGUGUAUACACUAUCAUUUAUAAUGCUUCACAUAUCUACAUUUUUCAUUAUUGCACGCGGAAUUGAAUUUGGUGAUUUGAAAACUCAAAAGUGGUUAACAUCAUUACUUAGCGGAUUCUUUUUUUCGAUGUUUGUAGUUCAGCCCGUUAAAGUUAUUGGUUUAGCCGUACUAUUCGCGUUUUUCAUGAGAAGUACUGAUCAAGAGAUGAUGCGAUCAAACUAUUCGAAUGGAAACCACAUCUUCCCGAGUAAAAUAGAUGAACUGUUGGACGUACUCAAUCAAUCGUAUAUGAGUCAACAACUUCAAUGA